CUUGGCCCUGUGCCGCUCCACAUCACCACCUCGAGCUUUUGCUUCGUACCUCCCCCUCGCAAGCGCUAAGCUCGCGGCCGGGCGCCAUGGCGCACUCCUGCCUCUCCGCGGCGCGCACGGCGGCGGCGCUGCGCCUCCCGUUCCAGGCCGACCACGCCGCGUCCGUGUUCCCCCGCCCGGCGCGCGCGUCGUCGUCCCGUCCGCACGCGCACCGGCUCAUUGCCGCCGCGCCCGCCGUGCCGGUGCCGCGGAGGAGCAGGCGCGCGCUUGCCGUCGUCGCGAUGGCGUCGCAGGAGGAGGCCACGGCUGUCGAGGAGGCGCAGGAGGAAGACGUACAGGAAACCGCGGGGCAGCUGGAAGAGGAGGAGCCAGCAGGGGACGUCGAGGAGCAGCAGCCGGAGGAGGAGGAGGAGCAGGGUGCGGCCGAGGAGGCAAGCUCGGACGGCGGCGAUGGUAGCACCGGUACCGGGAGCAGCGCCACCAAGCUCUACUUCGGGAACCUGCCGUACAACUGCGACAGCGCGCUGCUCGCCGGCAUCGUGCAGGACCACGCCGUCCCGGAGAUGGUCGAGGUGCUCUACGACCGGACGACGGGGAGGAGCCGGGGCUUCGCGUUCGUGACGAUGAGCACGCUCGAGGAGUGCGAGCGGGUCAUCAAGAACCUCGACGGCACCCUGUACAGCGGGCGCACGAUGAGGGUGAACAUGGCCGACAGGCCGAAGCCGAAGGCGCCGCUGUACCCGGAGACGGAGCACAAGCUCUUCGUGGGCAACCUGUCGUGGACGGUCACCCCGGAGAUGCUCACCGACGCGUUCCAGCGCUGCGGCAACGUGGUGGGCGCCCGGGUGCUCUACGACGGCGAGACCGGCCGGUCCCGCGGCUACGGCUUCGUCUGCUACUCCACCAAGGAGGAGAUGGACCAGGCCAUCGAGACACUCAACGGAACGGAAAUCGAAGGCAGGGAGAUCCGGGUCAACUUGGCCUUGGGGAAGAGAUACUAGAGAGCUGGAUCGUUUCUUCACAUUGGAGAAACUCGCAUGGGGGUUUAUGCAAUGCUUCCUCACAAUGCAGAUCACAGAGCAACAAAUGAGCCAUUGAUUGCUCGUGGAAGCACAUUCCGAGAGCAGUGACACAUGGUUCUUGCACCGCUGAUCUGAUAUGCCAACCUGGUGUAUAUUUGGUGGCUUCGUUCGUCGAGAUGGAGCGGGAGAAAGCCUUACUUUUCUAAAAGAAAAUUUGAUAUGUAUUUUUUUUGCGAGGGAAAAUUGAUAUGUAUUUAAUGAUGUGAAAUUGUGACUGAAAAUUAUCGGGGUUGCUGGUGAGCAUAUAUUUCCAUGGUUCCAUGAUCUUGGAACUGCAUUCUUUUA